AUGACGAGUAAGCAUGAUCGAUUGAAGCAGCAGUGGCGUCGGUUUUUCAAACUGCUUAACAAAGAUACGGGAUUCGGUUGGGAUAUUAACAGUGGGAAGAUUACAGGCGGUGACGAGUUUGGGCCCAGUGGAUCACGUGAGCUGACCACAAUUUUCAAUGGAACAACUGCAACUGGGUGCGGUGCAAGGGCAUCUACACAAACACCCGAUGGAAAUGGCAGUCGUCGGAGAACAAACUUGGCGACCUGUUCGAAUUAUUUGUUUCCUAAUGAGUCGAAUGAUGAGGAAAUGAAUACCCAGGACAGUGAUCGGACCAUUCGUCGCCGUAGAGGGACCAAUUCCACCUUUGACACAACCAUGAAUUCUAUUACUGAAGCAAGUCGCAUAAUCCAGUAUAAUGUGCGCCCGAGUACAGAAAAGGAUCAAGAGAGCCUUCAACAAGCUUUGAAAGCACUGGAGUCCUUGCCUAAUGUCCCCAUGGAGGUUCGAAAGUUAGCUUGGAAGAGGUUUCGUGACCCUUGGAGCCUGAUGUCGCACAUGGAUGACAACCAGGAUUACGACAAUGUCGAACAUGGGGACGCGUUUCAAUCUAAUACGCCUAUGAGAAGGAUCCCGUAUCGCCAAACGACGUACACCGGAGCGGACUGGAUUAACGAACUCCUAUCUGGGCACGAUCGAAGAUUCUACGAUGCAAUGGGUAUGAACAAGAAAGUAUUCAAAUUGCUUUGCCAAGAAAUAAAACAGACGGGUUGCCAUGGCGAUGAAAGACAACAAAAGGUCCGCAUUCAAGAAAGUGUUGCGGUGUUCUUGCAUACGAUAAAAGGUCACCAAAGGCAUCGACGUGCUGUCGAGUCAUUUAAUCGAUCCACCGAGACGAUUAGUAACCAUGAUUGCAUCGGCGCCAUCGACGGAACCAUCAUACCAGCUUGGAUACCUGAAGAAGAUCAUGGAAAAUACAGAUGUCGCAAAGGUUACUUGUCCCAGAACGUUAUGGUCGCGUGUGACUUUGAAUGCAAGUUUACUUUCGUUUUAGCGGGAUGGGAAGGCAGCGCGAAUGAUGCCCGUAUUUUUGCUGAAACAUUGACUGACCCUACAAAUACUUUCCCCUGGCCACCAGAGGGAAAAUAUUAUGUGGUGGACUCCGGCUAUGCCAAUAUCCCGAGAUUCUUGUCACCUUAUCUUGGAGAUAGGUAUCAUCUCCCGGAGUGGAUUCGGUCAAACCAAACCCCUCAAAAUGCGAGAGAGCUAUUUAACCGACGCCAUGCGACGGUCUGGAAUGUGGUCGAACGUAGCUUUGGUAUAUUAAAAGGUAAGUUCCCUAUUAUAAAAGGCCUAAUGCCCAACUACCCGCCUGAGUUCCAGACAGACAUUGUAAUCGCCUGUUGUGUUGCACACAAUUUCAUCCUUGAACACCAAAAGAUUGCUAACGUACCGCCUGCCAUGCAAGACCCGGACUACAUACCAGAACCAGAUGAAGACGAUUUUACAAGGCCUUUGAGGACAAUGUUAGAUACCUCUAAUGUUGGUUUACGUGAACAGUCUGGUUUGCGCGAUUCGAUUGCCGAUGCGUUGUGGCGUGAUCACGGUGGCAGACAUCGUUAG